AGAUCCAGCUCCAGCGCCUCUCAGCAGCUGGCCAUCCUCCACAGUGGCAGCCUUGGGUUCAUCUAUCACGGAAUUGCCAAGUGCCCCCUCCCUGUCCUACGCUGGCUUUUCCAGUUGAUGUCUUUGAACCCAAAUGCCUCGCGGGAUGCCUUCCAGACCCUCUGGAACAUCAGCACUUACCAGAACAUCUCUUCCGACGCUGAUCUUUGGUGCCCGGAGCUGAAAGACAUCACCCAAGCCUUCUACAAUUUUGGAGCCUGUGCUUCUACCUUGUUCCCCGCUGGACUCGUUGAGCACGAAUUCAUAUCGGAGAUCUUAGAAUUCCCAGAAUACUCUUCUCAUCCUGCAGACGUCAAGAACGAAAAUAUCUACUUCCAGCUUAGCUUCAUACCAAUGCUGGAAGAUACGUUCAAGUUCCUAACAUUGUGCGUGACAACCCAGCCGCGCUGCUACCCGGAUCACCAACGCCUGGCCAUCAUCUCCCUAUUGUGCCGGGUCAGCCUGGACCGUAAUCUGCGGAAACAGCCUCUGAUAGAUCUGCAACAACUGCUGCUGGUUCUGCUUGAAGGCCUCCAGAAAUGGGAGGAAACGCUGCCAGAGUUAUGCAGGUCGCUUGGUCACGUCUCGCAACAUCAUCACAACAUGGUCGCUGUCGUGCGUUGCUUCCCAGACACCACAACUAGAGGACGACAACUACGCAGAAAUCUCAGCCUCUACUUCAUUAUGAAGCUUCUUGGAAAAAUGAAGAUGGCCCCAAAUGUCUGGCAAGAAGAAAUCCAGCUGCAGCAGCUUUGCGACCUCCUGCCACUCAUGAGGCCCGCCUGCUUGAAGCAGGCUCUGCAGAAGAGCCAGAAGCUGGAGAAGGAGCCAGCCAAAAACCAGCGGAAGACACUGUCUGCUCUUGACCAUGAGGCCUGUUACCUUUGCUACAACCUCCUGGUACUAGCCAACGUGGUUGUGGGAACCAAGCCUGCAUCUCCAAAAGAACAGGGCCACCUCCAGAAGCUCUGCCUCCGGGUGCAGCAGCACAUCAGCAGCAGCCUCCGCGAGGACCCCACUCUCCUCUACCGGACCAAGCUGAAGAACUUGGCUGCCCAAACCUAUGUCAAGUGGCAGGAGCUGCUGUCGCAAAGCUGGCUCCAGUUAACUUGCUAGCAGGCCAAGAUUGAUGUGCUAUAAUGAGACAUCCCUGGGAAUGAAAGAUCUUCUGGCAGAAGGUACAGCAUCACAGAACUCGGAAAAGGAUUGGGGGGGGAUGAAGUGGGGACCAUCCAGCCCCCCCCCAUCCCACCCCACAGCUACCAACCACAACUGGGUUCUUUCAUUCCCCCCCCCUCCUUCCUCAUAAACUUCCUCAGCCUUUCCUCCAUGUGUCUCUUAUAAGGCACAUCAUUUCUCCCACGGCUAAGCCCACCCUGUUUACUGUUUACUGUUUUCUUUACACCCUCUUGUGCCUUUAAGGACCACCUGUUUUCAAAACAGGAAACCCACGGAAGGAAUAACAACCC